CUCGCUGAUCCCUGGCCGGAAGCGGAAGUGGUGGAGUGGGUGCCGUCCCGGUUAGCGGUGACGUGGAGGCGGCGGCUGAGGAGGCGACGGGGCUGCUGCGGAGAUGCUCACCAAGUUCGAGACCAAAUCGGCCCGCGUGAAAGGGCUGAGCUUCCACCCGAAGCGGCCUUGGAUCCUCACGAGUUUGCACAAUGGGGUGAUCCAGCUGUGGGACUAUCGGAUGUGCACCCUCAUUGACAAAUUUGACGAACAUGAUGGACCUGUCAGGGGGAUUGAUUUCCACAAGCAGCAGCCGCUUUUUGUCUCUGGAGGGGAUGACUAUAAAAUCAAGGUCUGGAAUUACAAACUGCGCCGCUGUCUCUUCACACUGCUGGGCCACCUGGAUUACAUCCGCACCACCUUCUUCCACCACGAAUAUCCCUGGAUCCUCAGUGCAUCCGAUGACCAGACCAUCCGGGUGUGGAAUUGGCAGUCCAGAACCUGCGUUUGCGUGUUGACCGGACAUAACCAUUAUGUGAUGUGCGCCCAGUUCCAUCCAUCCGAGGACCUGGUCGUGUCUGCCAGUUUGGACCAGACUGUGCGAGUUUGGGAUAUUUUGGUGAGCUGCUCAGGUCUAAGGAAGAAGAAUUUAUCUCCCGGAGCUGUGGAGUCCGAGGUUCGAGGCAUCACUGGCGUGGACCUUUUUGGCACCACGGACGCUGUGGUGAAGCAUGUCCUUGAGGGACACGAUCGUGGGGUCAACUGGGCAGCUUUCCACCCCACCAUGCCCCUCAUUGUCUCGGGGGCCGAUGACCGGCAAGUCAAGAUUUGGAGGAUGAACGAGUCCAAAGCCUGGGAGGUGGACACCUGCCGCGGCCAUUACAACAACGUCUCCUGCGCCGUCUUCCAUCCUCGGCAGGAGCUCAUCCUGAGCAAUUCGGAGGACAAGAGCAUCCGAGUCUGGGAUAUGUCCAAGCGCACGGGCGUUCAAACCUUCCGCAGGGAUCACGACCGCUUCUGGGUGCUGGCGGCUCAUCCGAAUCUCAACCUUUUCGCGGCAGGUCACGACGGAGGGAUGAUCGUCUUCAAGCUGGAGCGCGAGAGGCCGGCUUACGCCGUGCACGGCAACAUGCUCUACUACGUCAAGGACCGCUUCCUCCGCCAGCUGGACUUCAACAGCUCCAAAGAUGUGGCUGUAAUGCAGUUGAGAAGCGGCUCCAAGUUUCCCGUCUUCAACAUGUCCUACAACCCGGCUGAGAACGCUGUGCUCCUCUGCACGAGGCCGAGCAACUUGGAGAACAGCACCUACGACCUCUACACCAUUCCCAAGGAUGCCGAUUCCCAGAACCCCGAUGCUCCGGAAGGGAAACGCUCCUCGGGACUGACAGCCGUCUGGGUCGCCCGGAACCGCUUUGCCGUCUUGGAUCGGAUGCACUCGAUCCUCAUCAAGAACCUGAAGAACGAAAUUACCAAGAAGGUCCAGGUGCCCAACUGCGACGAGAUUUUCUACGCCGGCACCGGGAACCUGCUGCUGAGGGACGCCGAUUCCAUCACCCUCUUCGAUGUCCAGCAGAAACGGACUCUGGCUUCGGUUAAGAUCUCCAAGGUGAAAUAUGUCAUCUGGUCCGCAGACAUGUCCCAUGUGGCUCUCCUGGCGAAGCACGCAAUCAUGAUCUGCAACCGAAAACUGGAGUCGCUGUGUAACAUCCACGAGAACAUCCGCGUCAAGAGUGGUGCCUGGGAUGAGAGCGGCGUCUUCAUUUACACCACAAGCAACCACAUCAAAUACGCCGUCACCACCGGGGACCACGGCAUCAUCCGCACGCUGGACCUGCCCAUCUAUGUGACACGCGUGAAGGGCAACAACGUCUACUGCCUCGACCGCGAGUGCCGGCCCCGCGUCCUCACCAUUGACCCCACGGAGUUCAAGUUCAAGCUGGCCCUGAUCAACCGGAAAUACGACGAGGUGCUGCACAUGGUGCGUAAUGCCAAGCUGGUGGGCCAGUCCAUCAUCGCCUACCUGCAGAAGAAGGGCUAUCCCGAAGUGGCACUUCAUUUCGUGAAGGACGAGAAGACGCGGUUCAGCCUGGCUCUGGAAUGCGGCAACAUUGAGAUUGCUCUGGAGGCGGCCAAAGCCCUUGACGACAAGAACUGCUGGGAGAAGCUGGGAGAGGUGGCUCUGCUCCAAGGGAACCACCAAAUCGUGGAGAUGUGCUACCAGCGCACCAAGAACUUCGACAAGCUCUCCUUCCUCUACCUGAUCACCGGAAACCUGGAAAAGCUGCGCAAGAUGAUGAGGAUUGCCGAGAUUCGGAAGGACAUGAGCGGCCACUACCAGAACGCCCUCUACCUGGGUGACGUUGCCGAAAGGGUGAGGAUCCUGAAGAACUGUGGGCAGAAGUCACUGGCCUUCCUCACCGCUGCGACCCACGGCCUGGAAGAGGAAGCGGAGAACCUGAAGGAGACCUUUGACCCUGAGAAGGAGGUGAUCCCAGAGAUUGACCCCAACGCCCACUUGCUCCAGCCGCCGCCCCCCAUCAUGCCCUUGGACACCAACUGGCCUCUGCUGACCGUCUCCAAGGGCUUCUUCGAGGGCACCAUCGCCAGCAAAGGCAAAGGAGGCGCCUUGGCGGCCGACAUCGAUAUCGACACCGUGGGCACCGAAGGCUGGGGAGAAGAUGCCGAGCUGCAGCUGGAUGAAGAUGGCUAUGUGGACGCCGGAGAAGGCUUUGGCGAGGACGGCUUGGCCAAGGGCCAGGAGGAAGGAGGCGGAUGGGAUAUUGAGGAAGAUCUGGAUCUCCCUCCAGAACUGGACGUCCCUGCGGGCCCCACGGGCGAAGCGGAAGAGGGAUUCUUCGUACCACCCACCAAAGGCACCAGCCCUGCCCAGGUCUGGUGCAACAAUUCCCAACUCCCCGUGGAUCACAUCCUGGCCGGCUCUUUUGAGACAGCUAUGAGGCUCCUCCAUGACCAGGUGGGAGUGGUCACCUUCGCACCCUACAAACAGCUCUUCCUGCAGACCUACGCCCGGGGCCGAACCACCUACCAGGCUUUGCCCAGCCUGCCCUCGAUGUAUGGAUAUCCCCAUCGCAACUGGAAAGACGCCGGGGUGAAGAACGCCGUCCCGGCGGUGGGCCUGAAGCUCAACGACCUGAUCCAGCGCCUGCAGCUCUGCUACCAGCUCACCACGGCCGGCAAGUUUGAGGAGGCCGUGGAGAAAUUCCGCUCCGUCCUGCUCAGCGUCCCGCUGGUGGUGGUGGACAACAAGCAGGAGAUUGCUGAGGCCCAACAGCUCAUCGCCAUCUGCCGGGAGUACAUCGUGGGGCUGUCCAUGGAGCUGGAGAGGAAGAAGCUGCCCAAGGAUUCCCUGGAGGAGCAGAAGCGCAUUUGUGAGAUGGCCGCCUACUUCACCCACGCCAACCUUCAGCCCGUCCACAUGAUCCUGGUCCUCCGGACGGCCCUCAACCUCUUCUUCAAGCUCAAGAACUUCAAGACGGCUGCCACCUUCGCUCGCCGCCUCUUGGAGCUCGGCCCCAAGACCGAGGUGGCCCAGCAGACCCGUAAGAUCCUCUCGGCCUGCGAGAAGAACCCCAGCGACGCUCACCAGCUCAACUACGACAUGCACAACCCCUUCGACAUCUGCGCUGCCUCCUUCCGGCCCAUCUACCGGGGCAAACCGGUGGAGAAGUGCCCGCUCAGCGGGGCCUGCUAUUCGCCCGAGUUCCGCGGCCAGAUCUGCAGAGUCACAACCGUGACGGAAAUCGGCAAGGAUGUCAUCGGCUUGAGGAUUAGCCCUCUGCAGUUCCGCUGAGACGGUCUCGUUCCCAUCACUGGGCACUUGUCCAUUGUCCUCCCCUCUUCCGAGUGUUUUGCUUUUUCUAUCAUCUCCCUGUAGCAUUUCGGAUACCUCCUGGGAGGUAAGAUAUUGAGCCUGCUCCAGCAUUUUUCCAGUUAUAACCAUCUUCUCAAUCCGGACAAACUUGGAAGAUGCCUGGACUUCAACGCCCAGCAGAGCUGACUUUGGAAUUCUGGGCGUUGAAGUCCAGGCAUCUUCCAAGUUUGUCCAGAUUGAGAAACAUUUUAAGACCCCUGCUGGGCUUAAAAGCAGGAAGACCACCGUCUCUAGGAAGAGGCAGAAAAUCCAGGGGUGUCUCGUUUCGUAUGAAUGGGCCCCAAACCCUCCUCCUCCUCCUCCUCCUCCCACAUUUUGUGAUUUUUCUGCCCUGCCACCCUCCCGUCCUGCUUCAUUUUUACGUUUCCCGACUCAAUAAACACAAAACUAGUUAAGGGGG